AUGUCCAUAGAGCACUCAUCACCUCGGCAGUCGCGAGGUAAGCCGCGCAAAUCCUAUCGCGUCGAGGAUGAAUACUCGUUUCUCGAUGAAGACGAGGAUGGCUCUGCGCCCUUCGGCAAACAGACGCCAUCCGUCCAAAACGGCGAUGAUGACGACGGUGAUGACUUUAUGCCGGAUGCCCAGGAGGAGGAGGCUGAAUACGAAGAAGAAGACGAAGUGGUAGAGGAGGAAGAGGACUCAUCUGAAGAGCAUGCCAAUUCCGACGAAAGCCCUGCACCAACUCCAAAACGCAAUGCACGCGAUGCACGGAAUGCGCGAGUACCUCAAGCCGUGCCUACCACCCCAGACGUUAUUCCGAAACGACGGUACAAUGAUCCCCGCUACAAGGACAUGGCAGACAACAUCCCGUCACCAGUCAUAUUCAAGAAAGGAGGUGGCAUCAAAGUACGGGUUGUCGAUACGGACACCCAAUUACGAACGCGAGGUAUCCCUGAUUUCGACAAGAUCGGCGGUCAUGAGCCGCGGCUGAAGAACCUGUUUGGUCCAGAUGUACACCAUCUGAGACCAGUACUCGAAUCGAGGGACUAUUGGUUUCCGCAAGAAACUUUCCCUAUCCGGAGUUACAAGAAGAACAAACCUGAUGAUGCUGAGGUGGGUAGCUUGAGAAGGAGCUUCUUCGAAGCCGAAGGCGCGAGGGAGAAAGAGAAUGAAGUCUUGAAGACGUGGUAUGCCAAUACCGGAAGCCAUGCUUUUGCAAAAGCGCAGACAACGAAUAAAUUGACCGCGGACGAGGCGAAACAGUACAUGAUAACCCCAGGAUCGGACACCAUGAACGUACUGGCUGGUCCGGUGAACACCCCCCAAGUCAACACGCUGGCAAGAGGCGCAUACAUGAGCAUCGCAAAACCCUUCCCAGGCGAUCAAGAGCGACGCGGUUGGCUGUUCAACCUUGGUUCUUGGGUACAAGACGCUCAAUGGGCGACGAACGAGGAAUCCAGCACCCAAUAUCUUGCUGUCGCCAUCGAUCAGAGACCUACUAGCGGCGACCAGCCCAAGCCACUUGAGCAGCCAAAAGCACCUGCAUUCAAUCCUACUGAGCCCUUCCCUGCGUCUAUUCAGAUAUGGUCGUUCGAAGCUGAUGAUGUAGGCGAUUUGGAUGCGUCGAAAGAGCCGCAACUAGAGCUGGUCAUCUGCACAGACUGGGGUGCGCCAAAACACCUGAGAUGGUGCCCGGUAGCUGCUACAGACAUGACUGAAGAGACGAAAGACGCAGGUAGCAGGCCUAUAGUUGCGACUGCAGCAGGCACUGUAGGCAUUUGGUCCCUCGAUCGCCCAGGCACACUGAGAACACCCGACGCCACACAUCACAACCCCAGACCCUGGUUCUAUCAGCAAUUGGCAGAUACGUACAUUCUCACAGUAUCCUCUGGAUGGCCGUCUAACCCGCAAUUCCUGUCUAUCAGUACCGCAGACGGUUUCGCGCGCCUCUUCGACCUACGAAGCCCGAAUGCGGAUACCACCGCUUCGAUACGCGGUCGCACGCUUUGUCUAACGCAGGCAUGGCACGAGCAUACGCAAUCCUUCGUCAUGCCUGAUGAACACUACAUUCUGCGACACACGCCCAUCCGCCGUUACUACCACAACCUGUACAGCAUGCGAUUAGAAAACAGUAUCACACGCGUCGCGACAAGCCCGGUCCACCCUGGCGUCCUCAUUGGUGGAGUUGACGGAGACAUCCAAGCCAGCAACCCUAUUAUGCGCAUCACGAACUACAAGAUCAUGCCGUGGCAACAGAAAUGGUUUGUCCACGAGUGGAGAGGACCGAUCGUUCGCAUGCCAGCCAAGCCCACGAUUGGUGAAGAUGUCACCAUGACUGAAGUCGAACCAGCUGAGCAGCCUGAUGGCGACACCGUACCCGAGUUGCAAGCCGGAGAAUCAGCUGAUGGAACCAAGAAGGUACCGCAAGAAGUACUCUCGCAACCUCUCGUCCGCAUCACCGAAGGCUACAAGGCUGGUCAAACAGGCAUUGCGCACAGUACAUCUGCGAAUGCGACUAAGAGGGGAAACCCAGAGGUGGGAAGAUCGAUUAGUAUCUUCGAAGAGCUGACUGCCAUCACGGCGCUGGCUUGGAAUCCGAAUCUGAAGUUUGGAACGUGGGCUGUUGCGGGUAUGGCAUCGGGGUUGUUGCGCGUGGAGGAUGUUGGUAUCUAG